AGGCUUCAUUCAGAAGAGAAAGCUCUGCUGCCGAAACACUGCGUCGACUCCCGUUAAUAACAAACACAUUGCGGAUUAUUUUAUGGAUUUAUAAAUGCACGAUUCAAAGGAAACAUUUCACGGAUUGUAUCACGAAUUGGGAACUGUUAUCCAAGAAGAGAUUGGAAUUUAGAAGUUUUCUCCAGCAGGAAUCUGGAUUGAUGUCUUAAUGCAACUAUUUUGGAAAGAGACGAAGGGCAACUUAACGAAGACUCAAAGUAAAACUAGUUACGGUGACAUCCCGUUCUCGCCGGGCACAGCAGGUGUUUCGGCUUUUCUUGGCUCCACCGGGGAGAUGUUUCAGGGGUUCCCCGGAGACCUCGACACCGGUUCCCGUGAAAGCUCAUCUCCUUCUCUUGAAUCUCAGUACCUUUCGUCCGUGGAAUCCUUCGGGAGCCCACCCACCACCAGCGCACCGCAAGAGUGUGUAUCUACCACAGGUGGGGUAGGGGUGGGUGGAGGUUCAACUGGCACCGGGGCAGGGGUGGACAUGCCCAGCUCAUUUGUGCCCACAGUGACGGCCAUCACCACCAGUCAGGAUCUGCAGUGGAUGGUGCAGCCUACUCUCAUCUCCUCUGUGGCACCAGGACAAAGCGCCACAGGUUCCAGCACCAUGACGCAGCCUGUUGCCUUGGAUCCUUAUGACCUGCCUGGGACAAGUUUUUCUGCUGGGGGCUUCACCCCACCAAGCUCUGAUGCUCCUGGCCCAGUGCGUCAGUCAAGAAGCCGACGCCGCACACGAGAUGAAGCGUUGACCCCUGAGGAGGAAGAGAAAAGACGAGUAAGAAGAGAGAGAAAUAAACUGGCUGCCGCUAAGUGUAGGAACCGACGGCGUGAGCUCACAGACAGGUUACAGUCGGAGACAGACAUAUUGGAGGAGGAGAAGGCUGAGCUAGAGGCAGAAAUAUCCGAGCUGCAAAAGGAGAAGGAGCGCCUGGAGUUUGUCCUGGUCGCGCACCAGCCCAGCUGCAAAAUUCCCUAUCAGGACCAGCCGCCUGCGCAGAUGCAGCAGACCUCCCCACAGGCAGCUUCCGUCUCCGUGGUGGGUUUGACUGUGAAGGAGGACUCUUUCUACCUGCCGCCCGCCUACUCGUCCCACCACCACCACGUCCCGGUUUCACAGCCCACGCAGACACAGCCGGCCCCAGCACAGCAGCAGCAAGGGAUGAUGCAGGAGGUAGCCUUUUCUAGUUCUUUCUAUGGGCAGGGCCAGCCGGCGCAGGACGGCCCGUGCCUUGUUGCCGACGGUGGCGGUAACCCUGACGCCGGCAGCUACAUCCCCUCAUACACAUCUUCAUUUGUGUUCACCUACCCAGAGGGAGCCUGCGGGGCCAGCGCUAACCAGCGAACCAGCAGCAGCGAUCAGUCCUCAGAUUCCCUGAACUCACCCUCGCUUCUUGCACUUUGAGAGCUCUGCAUCUCUGCCUCUGCUUGCCUGUCGACAAAAACACAUAUGCACAUAGAGAUCUGAACAUUUGGCAUUAAAAAAUGAUCAGGGCUAGGAUCUCAGACAAUCUCCAUUUGUUCUGGGAUCUCUGUCUUUUUACAUUAAAGCCCUGUUCCUUUAAAUUAAGGCCCAGAUGCGUUAGUGUCUGAGUGACUUCAUCACGGUGAUGUAAGUGUAUAUUAAUUCACAAUGAAUUCAGGCUUAAUAUCAAGAUGAGUCACUGGCCAAUGUGCACACACGUUUAAAUUGUUUAAAUCCGCCAGCGUGUGUGGCACAUAAUAAUAAAAGCAAAUUAGCACUCUCCCUCUUGCUUAUAUCUUUUCUCGCUCUAGCAUACAUUGGUGUACCAUCUCCCUCCUUCUCUCUCUCUCUCUCUCUCUCUCUCUCUAUCUCUAUCCAUGCCAGGUGCCUGCAGUGUUUUUGUCUAAACAGAAAAGGGGGGCAAAGAACUGCUUUUGUGGGUUUCGUUUAUUUUUUGGGCCAGAUACUGCCUUGCUACUCUUUUUUUCCUCAUCCAGUUCAUCCACACCUCUUCUGACUUCUCCUAUGAAGGGGACAUUACCGCACACUCUCUACUAGCUACUUGUCUAUCUCUUUUAUCUCCCUCCGUUAUUCGUCUCCACAUCUGUUUCUCCUCUCUCCUGUCUUUAUGUACCUCUGGUUCUCUCUGAAGUCUUCAGCCCCUGAGAGCCCGUUGGACCCUGAAAGCCCAUGGAACCUUGAGUGAGUGCCAGCCCAACCCGACACCACAAACCCCCUCUCGCGGACCGGCCUGCUGCACUGCAUGGUGGAACCUUCACAAUGAGCAGACAUUUCAAAAACAUCUUAAUGAACCAGCCAUUGCACGCAGAUCAAACGACGGCGAACGCCAUUUCAGAAGCUAUACAGGCCAAAUGGUCGGGACUCUUUAUUUUUCCUCAGCGCUGAGGAUUUGAUUAGAUGAUGCCAGGUAGACUUUGGAAAGGCCAGCAAAGGAACUUCAACAGGCAGGUGCUAAAAAAAAAAUACUUGGAAUCUGGAAGUAUGAGAAAAGUGAGAAAUCCGGUGAUCCCUGUUGGAUUGAGAGUAUUUAUAUGACCUGUUCAGCAGUAUCGCUCCACAUGUCAUCUCCUGCUGGUCCUCAUAUUUCUCACAAUGUUAUACCCUUUCCCCUUUACUGCGUGAAUUGUUAGGCUGUGUUUCAUUAUGUGUUUCAACAAUAGUAUUAACUCUUAUGAGUGCAUACAAAGGUGGCUUUUAUUGUGAGUUAUGCCAAUAGUGUCUGGGUUUAAAAAGCAUUAAAAGAAAAUGCAGAAAGAAACAACCUCUUGGUUUUGGAUGAGUGGCCUCUGUGCUUCUAAAAGUCUUUGACGUUGUUCUUGAGCUGUUUUGGUUUAGCACAGCUCAAGGCGUCGAUUGUGAAUAGAAGUCACACAGGACUACAUCUCCAGUUUAUUUCUUUCUUUAAGGGGGUUGUUAAAGUACAAACAAUGAAAAGCACAAAUGCCAGCUACGAACGGAAGGAAGGAAAUCAACGGUGGCCAAAAAAAUGGGAUGUGCUUAUGAAUAUGAACCGUCUACUUUUUAGUGAAUGUUGAUUUUUGAUGUUUUAAGUUACUGAGUUUUCAUUAUGCUUCUCUUUUGCUCUUGAUUGUGCCGUUGCUGCCAAAAGGAAGAAUUUUGGGGGGCUCUUAGCUGCUCCUUCUCUCUGUUACUGUUGUCUUACUGCAGUUAUCACAAAUAUUGUUAUUAUGGUUAUUAUUAUUAUUAUUAUUAUUUCAUAGUUAUUUCAUGUUGGCAACUAAAAACGCAUGUUGUGCACUAUGAAACUUUUUUAUGCCAUAAACUAUAUAUCUAUAAAAUAUAUAUAUAAAUACAUAUAUAUUAUGUAUGCAUAUAUAUAUACAUAUUUAGUGUAUAUAUAUAUGCAAUGAUUGUAUUGUAAUGUAUGAAUGUUCAGAAAAUGUUAUUUUUGUCAAUGAAGACAGAAGGGAGAGAUGAUGCACUUGGUUUUGAUUUAAAAUAGUUAUUUUUCUAAAAGAACAAAAAAAAUAUAAUAAACAUUAACAGCUCACCUUUCCCUUAAUAUGAAAAGCAUUGUUACUGCCUUUCAUACAAAAUGUGUAUUAUGUAUGAUGACUAUAUUCAAACUGUGGGGCAUAUAGUGAUAUAUAUGUAUCACUUUUGUGGAUGCUGUCCACUGCUUUUUGCUGUGCUUGAUUUGUAAUGAAAUUGGUCCCACAGCACUUGUUCAUCAACCCCCUGUGGACAAAACACACUGGACACAAAUAUCAAAAAAUGCCUAAAUAAAUAUAUAUGCUUAAGAAAAUAUAAGUAAUGAACCGAGUGUCUCAAUGUAUACUAGAAUAUCUGCAACUGUGUUUUAAGCAGUAGUGUUGCUUUUCAUGUCCAGUGUGUGCUGUCUGCCCAUAACUUGUGUGUGUGUGGGUAUGUGUGAGUGUGUGUACUUUUCAGGGCUUGAUGGUUAACUUUUCAUCAGCUCUAAAAUAUAAAUGUUAUGGACCUGAUCAGAAUAUAAUGUGCAACUACAUCAAACACAGAUGCAAGUAUUUUAACUCAGAGAAGAUCCAUUGUUCUUAGUGACUUUGGCUUCAUGUGUAGUAUUUUAUGGGAUUGAGAAGACCUUAUAUGUACAGUUGUUUAAAUUGAAAUGCCUUUUGAUGCUACAUUUAUAUACGCAAGUGUAACCUUGUCUUGAAAUCAGACUCAUUUAAUGGGUCAAAGUAGACAUUUAAAUCAUUUUUGGGUAAAACAUGUGCUCUGCCCAAUAUGUAUGUACUAGUUGAAAUCUGAAUCAUGGCAACGCAAAAUGAAAUGAAGAUAGAGCUUUGAUUUCACAAAAAGGGACAUUAUACAAUAUCAGAAAGCUAUUUAACUAUGUCUGUGCUGUCAAACAGCUUUGUGAUUUUGAGCAAAUUUACUUUGAAAGAAAGCUAUAUUGUGUGUAACAACAGUUUUAUGUUGUUUUGUUUUUAGCUGUUGGUGCUUUUGUCACUUCUACACCAAAACAUAUUGUUACUGUAUGAUCUGGCUCCGAUAUGAUAGCAUAAAGAGAUGCAAAGUGUUGGUUAAAUGAUACAGUGUUAGUGGUCUUCCACUUUGCAAAAACUCCUCAACUGCACAAUCAUGGGAGACUAUGUUCUUGCUAUGAUAAUCCUAGGUAUUUUCAAAUUCACGGUGCAUUGAUUUGACACAGUGGAAUGCAAUAUAUCAGAUACUCUAGGACAACCAUGUAGCAAAUCAACUUAAUUGUAAGAUUAAAAUUGAUCCUGAAUGCUACAGUGUCACAGUAAAGAAUAGAGAAAUUUUGUUUUGUCUUUCCAGGUUAUUUUAUGUAUGAUUUACUCUGCUAAGUACUUGGUUAUGCAUUAUGAGGUUGUAAAAUGUCAGUGCCUCUUUAGACAUUGGGGAUAAUUUGAUAGACGAAUUGUUUUGCUUCCUAAUGCACAUUUAAAGAUUGCCUUGUGAAAUAUUAGUGAUCAUAUAGCCUAAUGUUACAACCACUUGUUUUAAAAAAAAAAAAGUAUAACGAGGGCUGAAUAUUUAAAACCUUUUGCCUUUUUUGAGGGGAAAUGAAUGGUAGUCACAGAAUAUUUUAAACUGAAAACAAUAUGGUGCUUUUUUCAAUACUAUUUGUCUUUGUAUAUACUUGAUUAAGAAAGCAGAUGACAGAAGUGUCUGGUUUGAUGUCAUGGGCUAAGGACACUCAUGAAUUCUUUAAAGAAGUGCAUUCCUCACCCUGACUGAUGGCUCUGCUCUUAGUUCUCAGAAUUUUUAAUUCAUUCUGAACAUCCCUUGUGAGAGAUAUAACCCGCCGUUCUGCAUUCUUUAUGCUCAUUCUCCAUUUCAUUUCACUUUAUGCUAUAUUUCUAGCCCUUUAAUGAAUGGAGAAGGACAUUUCAUAUUGUUACAUAGACUGUGAAAAGUAGGUGUGCUGUCCUAUAUCUUUGUAUGACGUCCGUUUUUUCUUGUAAUGAAAAUGUCUAAAAAAAAUAAACAUAUUCAGAAGCA